AUGGCUUUACGAUUAAUGAUCUUUCAUGUCCUGGCGACGCUUUGGAUAGCCUCAACAGUCGCAGCUUACGAUUGGAAGGCGAUUGUGCCGCGGAACACGGGUCGAGCAAGGCUGCACAAGAGAGCCGUGAACAAGACUGUCUGGGUCAGUGCACAUUCGUAUGAAGGACCAACGUUUUUCGAUGGAUGGGAGUUUUGGGCGUAUCCAGAUCCGACAAACGGUCUUGUUCAAUAUGUGAACCGGGAUGUCGCUUUUGCAGAAGGCUUGGCAUACAUCACCCCCGAGGGACGAGCAAACAUGCAUGUCGAUAGCAAGACUGUCCUGACAUUGGAAGAGGUGACAAGUCGACGAAAGCUUCGGAAAAGUGUUCGUCUUCAUUCCAAGAUUCUGUACACCCAUGGCCUAUUUCUGCUCGAUGUCGCUCAGGCACCAUAUGGAUGCGGUACAUGGCCGGCGUACUGGAUGACGGGGUUCAACUGGCCAGCGGAUGGCGAGACCGAUAUCAUUGAAAAUGUACACAGUAAUGCCUCGAACCAAGUAGCUUGGCAUACGAGUCCCGGAUGCUAUCUGACGUCCCCCGGUAACUAUACUGGCUAUGCUGGAAGUCUAAAUUGUGAUGCGUCGAUCAACUACAACAAGGGAUGUGGUAUCGUUGACCAAAGUAUUGCAUCGUUCGGCCAGACCUUCAACGAAAAGGGUGGUGGCAUUUAUGCUGUCAAAUGGGACUCGGACAGCAUCGAUGUUUGGUUCUUCUAUCGUAGCGCGAUUCCAUCCAACAUCCUCGAGGGUUUGCCAGACCCGGCAACCUGGCCAUUGCCUUCGGCGUCCCUUUCCCGCCCAGGAUGCGACAUCGACAAGUAUUUCAAGAACAACAUGAUUAUUUUUGAUACGACUCUUUGUGGUGACUGGGCUGGAACAUCAUACGCAGCUGCCGGUUGCCCCGGGACGUGUGAAGAGCGAGUAACGAACCCGAAUAGCUUCGUCAAUGCGACGUGGAGUAUCAACUACAUCAAAGUGUACAACAAGACGAUCAUCAAUACCUGGUAUCUGGAAGCCGGGGCUCGACUCCGAGCACACGCUGGGCUCUUUUUGGUCUUGGUGACUACGAGCCUGGUGAUCUUUGGAAUCUGUUUAUGCUAA